UUGAAUAAGCAACUUGUUGCCUGCGUGCAAGAUCAUUGGGAGUGCAUGCGCUACUACAAUUGCAUACGCUCUCCCAUUUCAACCACAAAUUUCAUCCAAUUUCUUAGUACAGCUUUGGGGUUGAGCGCACCUGCUAUUGCUUUUGUUGGCAGUGAUUUUAAUGUUUCGAAGUUUCUGAAGUUUAUAAUUUUCUUUCCUGCAAUAAUAGUUGAAGUAGCUCCUUGUUGUUGGUUUAUGGAUGAGGCUUCACUUGAAAUGAGCAAAUUGACCACUUCUCUGUUUUCAUGUCGGUGGUAUGCGCAGAGUCCGAGAUUUCGUCAUGCUUUGAUUAUUUUCAUGCAACGCUCACAAAAAGCAGACAAAAUACUUGCUGGUAAUAUUGUGGCAGUUUCCUUAGAGACUUUUACAAGCAUAAUUAAAUUUGCCUUUUCCUUGUUUACGUUAUUAAAUCAAAUGAAGUCGUAA